AGAAGAAGAAGAAGAAGAAGAAGACGAAGAAGAAAGGUUGUGAGAAAAUGGCGGAAUGUGAAAGCACCAACCAUGUUUCAGCUGCAGAGCCUUCUAAAUUAUGUGACUUGCUAGAUCGUGGGUGGAAGAUAUUUGAGGAGGUAGACAUUGCAAACGAACCACUUGGCUCUAACAGUAUCCAGGUCAAAGUUAAACGUGGUAUCAGUAUGUUGGAAGAAGCGUCUAGAAUGGUGGCCCAACUCGAUCUAUUCAGCCGCAAUGAAGAGCUUGAGGAGAUAGCCACGGCAGACCUGAAAUACCUGCUGCUGCCUGCUCUGGUAGGAGCUCUGACCAUGAAGCAGACCAGCCGAGACAAACGACUAGAGAUAGUCCAAACAGCCCGGGCUUACUUUAUGGAUUUUCUGAAGAGGUCUAAAGAGUAUAACAUAUCACAGUUCGAACUGCCAAACAAUGAAAGCACAAGUUCUGACGAAGAAUCAGAAAAUGGAAACUCAACAGCCAAGUUUGCCCCCAGUCCGUCAGACUUGGUUUCCAUGGCAGCACAGAGACAAGCUAAGAUCGAGCGAUACUGUCACAAGAAGGAGCUGGAAGCCAGACUGUCAGAUGUACAGAGAGCUGUGGACAGUGGACAGGCCGACGAUGAAGUCAGCAGAGAUUUUUACCUUCUGAAUGUUCGGAGAUGGGUCACUGUGUGUCUGGAUGAAAUAGAAAGCAUUGACCAGGAGGUGGAGAUACUCAAGAAGAUGGAUGGUCUGAAGCAUGGUGCUGCCAAGCAGCCACCUCAGCCAGUCAGGCCUCCCAUGAAACCCUUUAUUCUCACAAAGGACGCUGUACAGGCUCAAGUGUUCGGGGCUGGCUACCCCAGCCUCCCCACCAUGACAGUAGAUGAUUGGUAUGAACAGCACAGGAAGCAAGGAGGGCUGCCUGACCAGGGGAUACCCAGAAAAGUCACUGUGGAAGACACUGAUGCAAAGGAGAGGGAAGAAGAAGAGAAAGAGAGAGAGGCUGAAAAUGAUGAUGAGGAGUCUCUACUUAAAGCCCGAAACUGGGAUGACUGGAAAGACACUAAUCGCAGAGGUUAUGGAAACCGCCAUAACAUGGGCUGAGUAAUCCCAACACAGUGUGUCCAAAUAGACCUGGCUCUGUCUGAUCUUUAAGACUGUUGGUAUGAGAAGGUCACCAAACCAAGAUAACCCACAAUAUGCCAAACAAACAUCUGAAGUUUAUUGACACAACAGCGGAUUAUCAGUUAUUUACAAGGCUAUAUUUAACAAUCCUCUGCGAUGUAAUGUUUUUCAGGGAGUCUUAAUAAAAAUCUACAAUUUGGCCUUGAUGCCAAUGUU